AAAACUUUAUUGUUUAUUGUUUUUCAUUAAUUUAGUUUUAGGUCCUUCACAUAAAAUUCAAAAUUUUGGUUAUGCAAUCGAUAUGGAGAACUUUCUGUAGGGCCGGCAUUCGACGUUCUGUCCUAUUGCUUGCCAGACAACGGUUGCACUGUCCGAAUCAGCAGCCCAUCCUCGGCAGUUGUCCAAAUUCGUUUUUGAAUAAUCAAGACUUUUUAAAGACUCCCAAUGUUGUUUAUGCACAGAGCAGAUGUAUGGCUAAAAAGCAGUACCCUAUCAUACAGGAAAAGAGAUUUUUUUACAUUGAAAUAGAUGGCAUAAGGGCGGAUUUGAGAUAUUCAGUUAAAGAUGGAACUAUGAUAUUUUGGCAUACAAAUGUUCCCGAAGAACUGGGUGGACAAGGCGUCGGCAAAGCAUUGGCCAAGGUAGCACUGGAUUAUGCACUUCGUAACGGUCUAUUCCUUGUGAUCAAAUGCCAAUUUGUGCAACAUUACAUAGAUAAAUACGAACCGCAGUACGCAAAAUAUUUGAUACGAUAAGAAUUGAAUUUGUUUAAAUCUAAUAAUAAAAAAAGGACAAAAUGGACAGUAACGACUAUCGAAGCCUUGUUCUCCAUUAUG